AUGGGCGAGGCAGCCUUUCCCAAGCUUUCUCCUCUCUGCCUCACUCCACCCCCACCUCUUUCCCAUUCAUCGACCGCGGAAUCCCCACCCAUUGUCUUCAUUGCUAGACAUGGAGCACGCCUCGAUGCCGCCGACAAGGACUGGCACUUGACCUCCCCAACCCCCUACGACCCUCCGCUGUCCUAUGGCGGCUGGCUGCAGUCUCGCGCUCUCGGAGUGCGCAUAGCUAGUCUGUUACAGGCUUCUGAGUACACAGGAACCGGCCCAGAAAACCAAAACGGCCGGUCGCCCGAAUCGGACCCUCCAACGCAGCUUCAGGCAGACUCGGACCUUUUCGACCGGUACAACGUGGUCAUUCAUACCUCCCCUUAUCUCCGAUGUCUUCAGACCUCCGUCGCAAUCAGCGCGGGCAUCAACCAGUUUCGUUCGGGCGCGGAAACGCCAGACGAUCUGAGCGCUGCGCCUCUCCCCAUGAUCGAAACCACUGCUUCGGAUCCCCGGACUCUUCUCCGCGUCGACGCGUUUUUAGGCGAAUGGCUGUCACCCGACUAUUUUGACCAGAUUACACCACCUCCGGCCGCGGAUCGAAUGGUUGCCUUGGCCAAGGCUGAGCUGCUCCGUCGCGGCGAGAUCAUUUUCACACCCCGCGAAGGUACCAGGGCCCUGUCGGGUCACUUCCCAGGCGGCUGGGGUAGCCAGUCCCACCCCACAACCCCCAACGAGGAGGACGAGGAGGAGAACCGCCGCCUGCAGUCGCAAGGGUCUGCAGCCGCUGCGGGGCAAUCUGCACCACGGCAACGAUCGAACAGCGAAUCUCUUCAGCGCCCUACCCAACCGAACGGUGGCCCCAAACGUCCGGGUCGAUUGUAUACCGACCUCCCGUCGAUCGCGGACUCUGCCUAUGUACCUCCGACACCCAGCUAUGCCAUUUCGACCUCGGAUCCCAUUCCAGCGGGUUACGUGGCUCAUGCGCGGGACGCUUGUACAAAGAUCGAUUACAUGUGGGAUAGUCUCCGGGCGCCAUACUGGGGCACAGGUGGCGAGUAUGGCGAAGAAUGGAGCAGCAUGCACGAGCGAGUUCAUGGCGGGUUCCGGAAGAUGGUGGACUGGUACCGCCAGCCGAAAAACUCCCCCGUGGAUCUGUCCAGGGCCAUGUCUCAUGGCUUCGCCCGCAAAAACAGCAAUGCUCAGACCGUCGUCAUUAUCAUCACCCACGGAGCUGACUGCAAUGCCUUGAUUAGCUCGCUCGCUGGCCAUCCAGUGCUACUCGACAUCAACACGGCGUCGCUGACCAUGGCUGUUCGACAAGACCGGCUCAAAAGCACCACGCCCAAUUCGGAGGGCAAGGCCCCACCUGGUCGUCACGAGGAUCGGCCUGUGGCCCAGGAGUAUGCACUGCAGCUGGUGGCGUCGACUGAUCAUCUACGCGCGGGGGUGAACCCCUCCAAGCUCACUUCCCUCUCGUCUCCCUCGGCCCCCCUGCGCGGGCUGCGGCUGCGGUCCCCACCUAUCGCAAUCGCCUCGGCUCUCGCCCGCACUUUUGCGAUGCGCCCGAAGCCAAUCGUGACUGCAACUGGCGCUGCGUCUUCGCCGGGACUUGCAGCGAAUGUCCCAGGGCCAGGAACUAGUCCUCGCACCUGGUCAAUGACCCCGCGUUCAUCAACUCUUCCCCGGGGUCCAUCUGGUCUCUGGGGCUCGGCCUCGCCAUCCAUCAACAAAGGCGACGAUGCGGACGACCUGGUGCCAAACUUUGGUGACCCUCGGCCCUCUAGCCACAACUCGACCUCAAAGGAAGAGCCUGCUGAGACCAGUGCUAGCAAACCGACCUGGACAAAACAGUUGCCCAAACGGACAAGUUCCCAGCGUGGCCUUUGGGGCAGCGCACCCUCACUGGAGGACCGCGAGGCAUCUGCGAGACGCCGUUGGACAGUGACGGAACAGAAGCUGUGA